CGGGCAGGAAGAGAAGAGGGGCCCGGGGACGGCGGGCAGGGCACCUGUGUGGCACGGCGGUCGGGCGGUCGGCAGGCGGGCUCUGGCUUGGGCGUCCUCCGGCGCCGCAGCGCUAUGAAGCCGUACGCUCCAGCUUUCAUUCUCCUGUGGAGUGCCGUCGGGAUAGCGAGGGCUGCCAAAAUCGUCGUCGUGCCGCCAAUUAUGUUUGAAAGCCAUCUUUAUAUUUUCAAGACUCUGGCCUCAGCCUUGCAUGACCAAGGUCACCAGACAGUGUUUCUCCUCUCUGAGGGCAGAGAGAUUCCUCCAUCUAAUCACUAUAGACUUCAGCGCUACCCAGGGAUCUUUAACAGCAGCACCUCGGAUGAUUUCCUCCAGUCCAAGAUGAGGAGUAUCUUCUCGGGGAGACUGACAGCCCUCGAACUGUUCGACAUCUUGGACCACUACACCAAGAACUGUGACAUGAUCGUCGGCAACCAAAACCUCAUGCGUGCCCUGAAACAGGAAAAAUUUGACCUGCUCCUGGUCGAUCCCAACGAGAUGUGCGGAUUUGUUAUAGCUCAUCUUUUAGGGGUUAAAUACGCCGUGUUUUCCACUGGCCUCUGGUAUCCAGCAGAAGUGGGCGCUCCGGCUCCCCUGUCCUACGUUCCCGAAUUUAACUCGCUGCUCACGGAUCACAUGAACUUCUUCGAGAGGAUUAAAAACACUGUUGUUUAUCUCAUUUCGAGGUUCGGGGUCAGUUUUUUGGUUCUGCCAAAAUACGAACGGAUAAUGCAGAAACACAAGGUUCUUCCGGAACGGUCCAUGUACGACUUGGUCCAUGGAUCCAGCCUGUGGAUGCUUUGUACUGAUGUAGCCCUGGAGUUCCCGAGACCGACGCUUCCCAACGUCGUUUACGUGGGAGGAAUCCUCACCAAACCGGCCAGCCCUCUGCCAGAAGAUCUCCAGGCGUGGGUGAAUGGUGCUAACGAGAACGGCUUCGUGCUCGUCUCCUUCGGGGCUGGAGUGAAGUACCUGUCGGAAGACAUCGCCAACAAGUUGGCACAUGCCCUGGCCAGGCUGCCCCAGAGGGUUAUUUGGAGGUUUUCAGGGAACAAACCAAGGAAUUUAGGCAACAACACGAAGCUGAUUGAGUGGUUACCGCAGAACGACCUCCUGGGUCACUCCAACAUCAAAGCUUUCCUUAGCCAUGGAGGUUUGAACAGCAUUUUUGAAACCAUGUACCACGGGGUCCCAGUGGUGGGGAUCCCCCUUUUUGGAGACCAUUACGAUACCAUGACCCGUGUGCAGGCCAAAGGCAUGGGAAUCCUGCUCAACUGGAAGACUAUGACUGAGAGUGCACUGUAUGAAGCCCUAGUAAAAGUUAUUAAUGACCCCAGCUACCGGCAGCGGGCGCAGCGGCUGUCUGAGAUCCACAAGGACCAGCCUGGCCACCCCGUGAACCGGACUGUGUACUGGAUUAACUACAUCCUCCGCCACAACGGAGCCCAACAUCUACGUGCCGCUGUUUACAGCAUCUCCCUCUUUCAGUAUUUCUUACUGGAUAUUGCCUUUGUCCUUCUAGUGGGUGCUGCCUUACUUUACUAUGUGUUGGCCAGGAUGGCCAGGUUUGUCUGCAGGCAGAGCAAAGAGCUCUGGUCGAAGGACAAACACAGCGCCGUGAACGGACACUACCAGAACGGGAUCCCCAACGGCAAGUACAGGAGGAACGGCCACAUCAAGCAUGAAAAGAAGGUGAAAUGAGCCAACAGCCCCCCCAGUGUAAAGUAGUAACGAAUCAGAUCAGUAAUCGAAUUUUAUCGCUGUAACUUAGCCUAACAACUACUUAAAAAAAAAAAAAAAAAACCCAAAACCUCAGUAAGCAGUUCUAACACUCCCCUUCGGUAUGUAAUAUUAUGUGACAAAAUUCUACGGAACUAAGAGAAGUCUUUAAAAAAAAAGGAAAAAAAAAAAAAAAAAGAGCAAGCAAGCAAGCACAACCUAAAAUGGAAAAUGUUUUAUUCUUAAUACUGAUGCAGAGAGGUUAUUUUGGCACUGAAGUUUUUAGAAGCCUUAAUUCUCUAAAGUUCUAUACGACGACCGUAUUUAUGAAUUUUGAGUUUUUUUAAAAGCUCAAUGUGUGUGUCCCAGAUGAGGAGAGGUUUCUUUUUAUUUGCAGAGGUGUUCUCCUUUUAUUUUUUUAUUAUUUUAAUAUGUCCAUCCUUUUAGCUGAGAGAACUCUAGUGCUAGUUCUGUGUUUCCCUCGUUGAAGGUUCAACAUGUUGUGUAAGAAUGCUGUUUAAAACAAAAAGUUCUUCCCAGUCUUUAUGCAAGAAAUAGCAAGUUGCAGACUGAGAACACAGACCUUAAAAAAAAAAAAAGAAAUAAUCUUAAUGAGCACUGAAGAAAAAUGGCAAAAAUAUGUACUUGUUUUACUGAUAAGCUGCAUGACUCUUCUGCUCACUCCCAGUACUUUGGCGAAAAGGGUCUUGAGCAAGCCUACAGUAGGUCCUAAUUUUAAUUUAGACAAAAUUUCAUUUGUUGCCUUUCUCUGCAUAAUGUAAUUUAUGCCACGAAAAUAUUAGGGAGUUCUGUUCCAGUUCAAAAAUACGGCGGGGUGGGGAAGUAGAUUUGCAUAAUUAAGAAAAACAAAUGAAACAACAACAGCAACAAAGAAAAAGAUAAGAAAACAGUAAGAAAAUCUAUCCCUGUGCUUCGUGCAGGAGGUUCUGUAAUGGCCCAGAGCUGUGCAGAAUCGAACCACUCCUUGGGGUCUGUUUAAAAAGGAACCAACCAACCCCCAGCAAACACCCCGCACUCCCCCCAGAGUUGAAUGUCUUCCCUUGUUAAUUCUCACAAAGUUCUUUCGGAAUCGCAAUGUUUGUAGCUGUUCUCUUUCAGUGGUUGUAUCUGGAAAAAAAAACCCAAAAACCCAAAAAACCCCAAAAAAACCCAAAAAAAACCCCUCACCAAAAAACAACCCCCCCGACGGAAAUCUUCCCUUGCAUUAGUCUGGGCCGCGCCAUCCAUGUUCCGCAUAGUUGCCAAUGGGAAUUGCGCGCCGCGGGCGGGCGUCCGAGGCCCCGGGCGGCGCGGGAUGAAGCCUGGCCGCUGCUCUGGGGAGGUGGCCGUGGCCGUGUCCCCCCCCACCCCUUCCCAUCCCUGCAACGAUCUCCUCCAAUCACUGUCGCCGACACGCGGGACGCCCGGAGCGCCGGGCUCCGCUCCGAGGGUGGGAUGCGCUCCGGGCGCGGGGGCCGCCGCCGCCCCGCUCGACCAAAGUUGGCAACUAUGAGUUUUUUGAUUUCCACGUCAUUCUGUUUACUUGGAAUUUUUGCACUACACACGUUGUGAGUGUACGCUUUUAUUUAUUUGUAGUUGGAGAUCCCAUUUGCCUUGAAAGGAGAAAAAGGGAGGAAAUGCCCCGUUUUUACCCGGUGUCGCUCACUAACAUGGCAGGAGUUGGGAAUGAUGAUGGGAUGCUGAGAUCAUCUUCAUACACAGUGAUGCAAUAUUUCGCUUGUCAUUCCAUCAGGAGCCUCGGUCCUAUAGCAAUAAAAUAACAGUGCAGAUAUGUUUCUAAUACACAGUACAGCUACUUGUACUGCUUUCCGAAUACUUGAAGAAAAUGGUAUUAUAAAUAGGCCUAGUAGCUAUUCCUUUUUACAAUCUUGCAGUUCGUGGCAACUUAAAAGGAGCACACAAGAGGCGAUGAAUGGUGGGAUGGUGAGAAGACUUCGAGUGUAUGAAUGACUUGGUUCAAAUGUGGGGGAGGGGGGGGGGUUUUGGCAUUAAAGAAGGUACAAAAGCACUGACCGGAUGAUUAAGCAUAAUUUAAUCUCCACUGUGAUAAAACUUAAGCAAUAAACAUGGAUUUAAUAGAGAAA